UAUAGAUUUUUCAAAUUAGCGAAGAAGCUUCAUGAGUCCAGUGGUUUGACUUUGAUUAAAACUCUAUUAGUGCUCUCAUAAUUAGUAAUAACAUAAUUAUUAUUCAGAGUUAAUUUUUUGAUUUCAAAUUAAUUAAUUACCCGAUCCAUUGACCCAAAGAAAAAACCGGAUCCAUCUUAUAGUGUUGUUGUGAUCUAUGGUGAUGGCCUGUGCUCUCUUUCCCUCCUAAUUCCUUUAGGGUUCCUCAAAUCUCCUUACUUCCUUCUUCGCUCCUCUCUAUGUUUGAGAAGCCUGCUCAAGCGUUGGCAAUGUCGGAUGAGAUGGUGAUCCAAUUCUCCUCCAAUUCUUCCAAUCAGUCCGAUCACUCUCUCCCCGACAAACUCGCUAAGCUCGAGGCCCGCUUGACCGGCAAAACCGCCUCCUCCGCCAAGCCACUGCAGCUCUCCGUCUGGUCAUCUCCUUCCACCGCCGCGGCGGGAUCGUCGGAGGCCUCUAUCAGUGAUUCCGACGACGAGAAUACAGGAGACUUCCUCAUCCGAGCCAAUACCAAAAAGCGCCACAAAGUUCAACACUUUAACAACACCACCACCACCUCCACUGUUGUUGAACUUGCUGAGCCCCAAGAGGCGGCAUCCGAUGGAAGGAAAAACGAGGCUGAGACCAAGACUGGCCUUGAUGUAACUGUAAGUAAGAAGAAACAAGGUCGAGCUCGGGCUUCGUCAACAGGCAGAGGGCGUGGUUCUAAAGCUAAUAACGAUGUCACCAAAUCUCAGUCUUUGGUAUCAGCUCAACUUAAUGUCUCUGAUCACAAGGAUUUGGGGCCUGAUGGACAGCUCAGGAAUGGUGAAGGCUCUCGCCAUGAUGACGAUGUGUCAUCUUUACGUGCAAAAAUCACUGUGCUGGAGGAGGAAUUAUCUGAAUCUCGACAAGAUUCUUCUGAGCACCAGAAUCUUAUACGGAAGCUUGAGAAUGAGUUAAAAGAUCUAAAAGAUCAGGAACAACAAGUGAAGCAAAAGACAACUAAAGUAAUAUCUGACCUUCUAAUAUCUGUUUCCAAAAGUGAGAGACAAGAAGCAAGGACAAAAGUCAAACAUGAUUCUUUGCGAUUAGGCAGCGUUGGUGUACUCAGGACGGGAACCAUCAUAGCUGAGACAUGGGAGGACGGACAAAUGUUGAAAGAUCUGAAUGCUCAACUUAAACAAUUGCUGGAAACCAAGGAGGUUAUUGAGAGACAAAGAAAACUCCUAAAGAAACGACAGAAUGGUGAUAAGAGUGACGGGACUGAUUCAGAAUCAGGAGCACAAGAGGAAGAUAUCAUCCCCGAUGAGAUUUACAAGUCUCGCCUUGCUAGUAUCAAGCGGGAGGAGGAAGUGGUUUUGCGUGAGAGAGAGAGGUAUGAACUGGAGAAGGGUCAGCUUAUAAAGGAGAUGAAGCGCAUACGAGAUGAAGAUGGUUCUCGGUUCAACCAUUUCCCAGUUUUGAAUUGCCGAUAUGCGCUUCUAAAUCUUCUUGGUAAAGGAGGAUUUAGUGAAGUCUAUAAGGCAUAUGAUUUGGUGAAUCAUAGAUAUGUUGCGUGCAAGCUUCAUGGUUUAAACGCUCAGUGGAGUGAAGAAAAAAAGCAAAGUUACAUCCGACAUGCCAUGAGAGAAUAUGAUAUCCAUAAAGAUCUUGUGCAUCACCACAUUGUCCGGCUUUGGGAUAUAUUUAGAAUUGACCUGGAUACAUUCUGCACUGUUCUGGAAUAUUGUAGUGGAAAAGACCUUGAUGCGGUUUUGAAGGCAACACCUAAUCUUCCUGAGAAAGAAGCAAAGAUUGUCAUUGUACAAAUAGUUCGAGGCCUUGUGUAUCUGAACAAAAGAUCACAGAAGAUAAUUCACUAUGAUUUGAAGCCAGGGAAUGUUCUAUUUGAUGAGUUUGGAGUCGCAAAAGUGACUGAUUUUGGUCUUAGCAAGAUUGUGGAAGACGAUGCUGGUUCCCAAGGAAUGGAGCUUACAUCACAGGGAGCUGGAACCUACUGGUACUUGCCCCCAGAAUGUUUUGAGCUUAGCAAAACUCCUAUGAUCUCAUCAAAGGUUGAUGUAUGGUCGGUUGGUGUUCUGUUUUACCAAAUGCUAUUUAAAAAACGACCCUUUGGACAUGACCAAAGCCAAGAACGGAUACUACGAGAAGACACAAUCAUUAAAGCCAAAAAAGUUGAGUUCCCAGCAAAACCUGCCAUCUCAAAUGAAGCAAAGGAUUUGAUUCGACGAUGUCUAACAUAUAACCAAGCAGAUAGGCCCGAUGUUCUAACACUGGCACAGGAUCCGUAUCUUUCCUACACUAAGAAAUGAGAAUGUGUAGUCGUCACAAACAAACCGGAGAUACUCCAUGUCCUAGAUUGUUUUCUUUUUGUAUAGAUUAUAAAGAUUUUGUGUUUUUUUUUAAUAAAGUUUUUGUUUGUUUAUUUAAAUCUUUUUAUCUCCCAGGUACCUUGCAUAUUAAUUUCCGGUAAAUUUGAUUAGGCUGUUUUCCUAUGCUCCGUACA